GUGAGCUGAUUGGCUUCUGGCUGGGGAUUUCGGGCGCGCGCGCUCUCUGAUUGGUUACUGUUGUGCACACGGAGGCAAUGCGCAGAGUCAGCGCUGUAGUGCGGCGGUGCGGGAGGAGCGUGCGGCGUGUUUCCGGGAGUGACGGAUCGGCAGUAGGGGAGCGGGCGGUUAAAAAAACACGGCGAUGGAAGCCGAGUUUCGGGAAAUUGAUGAAUCCGGGAACUGGAACGCCAUUUACCAGGAAAUCAGACAACAAUCAAGUGAACUGCCCUGCAAGAUUGCCAAACUUCCAGAGAACAGAAGCCGCAAUCGCUACAGAGAUGUCAGCCCAUUCGACCAUAGUCGAAUUCAUCUUCACCUCGGCAGCAAUGACUACAUCAAUGCCAGUCUGAUCUCCAUGGAGGAGGCACAGAGAAGCUACAUUCUCACUCAGGGUCCUUUACCUAACACAUGUGGGCAUUUCUGGGAGAUGGUGUGGGAGCAGAGGACUCGUGGAGUAGUCAUGCUGAACCGUGUCAUAGAGAAGGGCUCGGUGAAAUGUGCGCAGUACUGGCCACAGAGGGAGGAGCGGGAAGCUGUUUUUGAGGACACAAACUUCAAGCUGACUCUCGUUUCGGAGGAUGUAAAAUCGUACUACACAGUCCGGCAGCUGGAGCUGGAGAAUCUUUCAACUCAGGAAACCAGGGAGAUUCUUCAUUUUCACUAUACCACCUGGCCUGACUUCGGUGUGCCCGAGUCUCCUGCCUCUUUCCUCAACUUCCUGUUCAAGGUGCGAGAGUCAGGCUGUCUAAACUCAGAUCAAGGGCCUGUGGUGGUCCACUGCAGCGCCGGCAUCGGUCGCUCCGGGACCUUCUGCCUUGUAGACACCUGCCUCCUGCUGAUGUCUCUGCGGAAAGACCCGUCCUCAGUCCAGAUCAAGGAUGUUCUCCUGGAGAUGAGGCGGUACCGGAUGGGUCUGAUCCAAACAGCAGACCAGCUCCGAUUCUCCUACCUCGCCGUUAUAGAGGGCGCUAAGUGCAUCAUGGGAGAUACCUCUAUCCAGGAGUCAUGGAAGGAGCUGUCAAAUGAGGAAGACCCUCCCCCGGAAUUCACUCCCCCUCCUAGGCCACGGCCACCAAAGCCCCUCUACAAUGGACCCCAGCCCACGCCCCAGUUUUUCCCUGAGCAUGAGAUUAUACAGGCCAACAACGUCAUCUACACACACAGUGCUCCUUCAGAACCGGAGCUUCGCAGACGGACAGUGGCAACGGUGGCGGCCUCGGCAGCAGCGGAGUUUGAGACGCCGACGAUGCCUGGCGACGAGCCCGAUGCCAACGCUCCAAAGCCAAGCGACCCAGUCACCGCGACGACAGAAGCUCCGCCCAAACCAUCACGGUCACCACCAGAGAAGAGGCCUGCCGGACAGUGGAGCCCACUGCUGGCUAGCAUGUGUGUGUGCGCUGUGCUCACUCUGGGAACAUACAUCUGUUACCGCGCCUACUUUCACUGAUUAUCGUUUUCUCUGUCUCUCUCUGUGUCUCUCUCUCUGUCUCUCUCUUUCUCUCUCUCUCUCUGUCUGUCUUCCUGCCUCUCUAGCUCUCUCUCUGUCCCUCCCUCUGUCUGUGGUUAGUGUGAGGGUGGGCGAAUAGGUUCUGCUGGCCAGCCAGCUCUCUCUACCUCCUCUGACAGAGAGAGAGAAUUAGAAAAAAGAGAGAGAGAGAGAUGAUGGAGAGGGACAGACACCUGCCAUCAAGCCCUGUCUCUGUUUGUUUCAAAAUUUUCCCCACUUCUUUUCCCUACACAGUUUGGGAAAGGAUGUAGAGAAAAGACUUUCUUAGCCAAACUGCUGUUGUACCCUAUUACACGACACAAACACAACACACACAAGCAGUCUGUCUGUUGGAUAGCUCAGGGCCUCACAUUUCAGGUGUCCCCCAAAUAUGACAUCCAGGUUUUACUUAUCCAAAUAAACCCUUUUAUUAUUGCUGCAAUAAGCAAGGGAAUGUCUGUGUGUCUACUGUGUGUGUAUAGAGGAUGUCUGUUUUUGUGUCAGAGUAAUAGGUUGUGUGAAUACAUAUCUGUGUCACAGUUUAAGUCAGCGUUUUGAAAAAUCAGUGCAGUUUGCGUACACCAUAACUGCCACACAUGGACUCCUGUGGCUUUGGCAGUGUGUUUAGCCUUCCCAAAUAUACAGUGUUUGUUUCUCUUCUGGUUUUUUUUUUUUUUUUUUUCCCCCCUGCUAAGCUUUAAUGAUGCCCCUUGCAGAGCUCCGAAUUGUGUGUAUGUGUAUGUGUAUGUGUGUGGGUGUGCGAGUGGGGAGAGGAGGGAGUGGUAUUGAGUCCACUCAAGAUUGAAAGCAAUCUUGCCAGUCAUGAAAUAAAGGUUUAUGUUCUUCCUGCCCAAUUGCAAGGGCUCACAUUUGCACUUAGCCUGUUUUGAAAACGAAACGUCAUGAUUGAAAUAUCUAGAUCAAAGAUAAGACACCAGCGUGUCCAUCCUAUUGUUUGCAUGGAUUUGCGUUACCUCUUAUGGAAACUUGUGGGUUUUUGUUUCUCUACUUUGGUUUUGCUUCCAUUUUUACAACUUGUCCAUAUUCCAGCCGUCUUGUAAGCAUUUGAUCAACAUAUUCAGGGACACUGACCUCGUUUGUAUGUUGUAGUCCAGCUCCCUGAAAGCUUUUCUGGCUCAGACCCAUGUAAUGUCCUGGGAAGGGGGAUGGGGGAUGUUGUGAACUUUUCUUAAAUGUUAUUUCAGGGUUAUGACCGUAACCUUUGCAGGCCGCAUUUACGCACAACACUUCCUAUGAGGACACGUUUUGGCUUGAUCCCAAACCCAGUUCGGCGUUUACAAUCAUAUUGGAGGCAGCGUAUAAAUGUUUAAAAAGCUUUGACUUCAACGCAUCAUAUAGCCACCAGGAGGUAGCAUUGAGUUAUGCUCAUCAGCAAAAGCAUCUUUUUAAGGGUCAUCAUUUCCUCCUCUUCUUGCUCCUUCCCUAGCAAUAUAUAAAUCCAUCAGAAUGUUUGUGUGUCUUUAGAAAUGGCUGUUCUUGGGAUGCAGCUUGUAGUUUGUAAUGGCAGCUGUGACGUCUGGUUCCUUCGCCAAACGCCAAUGUGGAUAAAUGAUUUUUAUUUUUUUUCUUCUGCUUGAGAACAUAUGAUUUCCAAUUCCCAUGUUUUGUUCUUUGUGACAACUUCUGGAUUUUAUGAAAAACCAUUUAGGAAUUUGUCAUUUGUAUACUCCAGACAACAUAAAAUGAAUGAAUGAGUGAAUAAAAUAAAAUAAAAAUAAAUAUGAUAAAACAUGAAAAAAGCAAUGCUACGAGUAACCUGCUUUGGUCAUCCGUGCAGUGCUCAGCUGUGUGACUAAAAACAGAUCAUUUCUGCUCAUAGAUGGUUAUUCAGGAACAAUUUUUUUCAGAGAAUGUCAAAAGUGGUUGUUUGUUGUUGUUGUUGUCGUCCAGGACUCUAUUAAUCAUAAACCUUAUUUUCUCUUGUAGUUUCUUGAGGAAUAAACUAGUGUUUAGAAAAUAUUGGAUUUUAGGCUCAUCAGGAUGCUUCAGGUAUAGCGAUCAGUUGUGGGGUUAAUGGCACUGUUGCUCUGUUAGAUUAUUCUAAUUAAGAGAGACUAAUGAGAGAAAGUAUUUCCUUCAAAGUGGAGCAUAACCAUGGAACAGCCACCUAAAUUCCGAUUUACACAUAUACCUCUUUAAAUGAUGAAACAUUGGAAUGAAUUAAAGCAGACAUGAAUGACUGAAUGGAAAUUGGCAUGGAUUCAAACAGGAGUCUAACUGGUUUAGACUUUCAUUUUUUUUUUUUUUUUUUAAAUAAAAAAUAUUUCCUCUCAGUGUACUCAGUCUUUUGUAACUCUGCUGCCUCUUUUUAAUCAGUCCAAUAAGACUUUUGAUUGUAUUUCACCUCUCUGCUGGGAAAAAUGAUUGCUUGUCCACUGCAGCUCUACCUUUGGUUUCAUGGUUCGAGUGCUAAGGUCCAGUUUUAAUCUAGUCACCAUUACACAAUGCCCAGUUCUUGUGUCCUGUCCUGUCCUGAACCUCUAGAAUGUAAUAACCUCUUCAUGGACAUCCUCUUGUCGCUUUGUGCCAGGUAUAUGACUUGUGUGUGAGUGUGUGUAUGCCAAUGUGUGAUAAAUUUUUUGGACUGGCAAAUUGGCAGAAUCUUAAAAAAAAAAAUCUCACCCUUCAUAUGGAGGGCUUCACUGUUCUUCUUUUUGUUUUUGUUUCUGUUUCCUUCUCACCACCUUUUUGGCGUCUAUUUUUUAUUGUUAUCCAUCUUAGUUUUUUUUUUUUUUUUUUUAUAAAAAGGACUACUGCUUUGUUGUGGUUGGAUCUGAUUCACAUUGGAGAUUUUUUUUUUUUAUGUUCAGACUGAAAACCAAACAAAUGCUGUGGUAAUAAAAUCAUACGUCUUACA